GGUGUCGUCGGCGGGGUUACGGGCGCUGCGGUGGAUUACCGGCGGCACUAGGGGCGCACGCGAUCAUUCACACGUGCGCUACGACGAGCUGUUGAUCGCCGAUCGCCGAGCAUUUAAGCGGCUACUAACACAUGCGUGCGUGCGUGCGUGCGUGCGUGUAUGUGUAGCUCAUCUCUGGUGUUACGUGCGAUAGGGCGCGCGUGGCGGCUGAGGUACUGCGACCUCCGGUAAUAGCCGACAACUGGAUUUUUACGUCGCUAGCGAAAUCGUCAACGCGCAUUUUACGACGCGCCGAUGUGCGCGGCGAGCUUGCAGCAGACCGGCCCGGCAGGCGAACGCUCACAGCUAACCGCCGCGUAGAGUCGUGCCGCAUGGAAGCCGGUUAUGGGGCCAGUGCUGUAUAAUGUUCCCGGUCCCGGUCCUGGAUAUCAUCUCCUGUUGCUCAUCCUGCUCGCUACGACGUGCAGCUGCCUAGGCAAGAUGUCGUGUCGCGUCGACCAAUGCAGCCUGGCCUACGAGACAUCUAUGGACAGCGAGCGGGUACCGCGUGGGCCCAGCCUCAGCUACUGCCGCAUUCUGCAGACGUACGCCGAGUGCAUUCGCGCGACGGCGCGCGGUUGCCGUGGCAACAUGUACUACCACACGACGUCGACGCUCGUCGAAGCUUGGAACCUCGAGUACAACUGCUCGUACAUAGUCAUCAACGCGCCGCCAGAAGCGGUCGGCAGCGACGCUGACGACAGCCGGAGACAGCAGCAGCAUCAGCAGCGCGAGUCGUCCGUGUGCGACUACAGGCGUCUGAAGAAGCACAAGGGUCGCACGAACUACGCUUACUGCGGUCUGUUCGGAGACCCGCACCUGCAGACGUUCAGUGGCGAGCAGCAGACGUGUCGCGUGAAGGGGGCGUGGCCUCUGCUGGACAACUCUCAUCUCGCCGUGCAGGUGACAAAUGACGACGCGUUGCCCGGACUGAGGGCGACGGCAAUCACAAAGCUCACGGUGAUUGUCAAGCGACAUGGGGUCUGCGCGCAGGAGAAAACCUACCAGGCGCAGGUCGGCAGCGUUCCGAGCAGCUUCGUCGACGGUAGCCUCGCGAGCGGCGUCGACGGAGCCGUGACGGUGGAGACGCGCGCGCCAAACGCCUACGUCGUGAUUCGGCUGCGCUACGCCGCCAUUACGGUCGUCGUGCAGCGCGUCGGCAGCUACCUGACGUUCGCGAUGCGCAUGCCCGCCGACAUGCUCGCGCAGACGUCGCCGACCGCGCUCGACCUGUGCGUGAACGGAUGUCCGGCCGACGAGCGCAUACGGGCGUCGGCGGCGGUGCCCGCAGCAACAGCAGCAGCAGCCGGCGGCGGCGUGCUCUCGCGGGAAGAUGCGCUGGAGAUGUGCAAGCGCUAUCGGCUCACGGGCUUUUUCUUCGACUCGUGCGUGUUCGACCUGAUGGCGACCGGUGACGUGGACUUCGGCGCCGCCGCGCAGGUGGCGAUGAAGUCCGAGCGCAAACUGACGCCGCACCGGAAGCAGAAUGUUGAGGUGAAGGCCAACGCGACUGCAGCGCCGGAAGCGACCGCCGGGGCGCCGCCCCGAGGCAAUUGUGUGAACUUGCUUGCGGUCACGAUGUCCAUGAUCCUGCUAGCUAGAGGUCUGACGUGAGCCAUACGUCGCCUAAAAAUAUCAGCUGUUUUAGUGCUUAGAACUUGCGGGAGCGCCCGACAGUCUAAACAGAUCCGACGCUUACGCUCAUUCUAGCAUCACAAAGAGACCUCUAGAUUCUUCGUAUACCUAUGAAGUAACAUUAUAGUUGAUCCUACUUUGCACUGAACCUCUAUGACAACAUACUAGCAAUCCUAGCAUACCUACUUACGUCUACAUGCUGACAUAAUAAGUAGAUUUGACCAAGGACAUAUGUAGACUUUCCUAAUAUGGAUUAGCCCUAAUAUAUUACUUGUCUUACUUAUACAUGCAUGCCGCCAUCGGCGUGGUGAAUGAAUCUAACCAAUUUUAACCGAGCUUUCUAUGAUAAAAUGAAUCCAGUAAUUAUCAGAAUUACGUGGAAGAUCUAAAGGAAUGAGAAUUGCUUCCUGUUCUGUAAGGGCUUAUAUCUAUUGCGACCUUUUAUAUUAGUACACACGUUAGAACGAACUCCCUAUCUGAUAAAGACAUAUUUGGUGGUUCCCUUAUUCCCUUUGGUAUUAACUUAUACAGUAAAACCCACGUCUUUGUAACGAACAGCUAGCUCUUUAUAAAGUACAGAUGGGGGUUCACAUUAUAUUCAGAUUUGAUUGUAUAUAGGUUGCACAAAACAGCCCCAUAUAUGUCUAUUAGUGACAUGCCUGGUACGGAAAAACAAUGAUUCUUUGGGCUAAAUAAUAACGAAUUGGCUCAUGAACGUGUCGCUAUAUUUAACAUAAGUUUAAUUUCUUUAAAUAUAAUUCCUGGUAAACACAUAUGGUAGACCAAAAAUUACUGACGUCACCCUCAAUUUUUUGUCCGCACAACCCGUAACGAGAUUCACAUGUUUAACAGCUAACAACAAUAACACGUUGCUUCCUGACUUCCUGACGAAACUAUUAAAUCAGUUCCUAUGUUACUCAUUGAUUCAGUAAUGUGCAUGAGGCUCUCAUAAGUA